GAUGCUUUAUAAUAAAUAAAUAAAACUACACAACUAUUUAAGAAAUACUUUUUAAUUUGUAUUAAUAUUAAAUGGUCUUUUUGUGUGUUACAGGUAGUCAAUAUGUCUGAAAGAAAAGUCUUAAAUAAAUACUAUCCACCCGAUUUCAAUCCUUUAAAAAUUCCACGUAUGAAACUUCCAAAAAAUCGAAAAUAUACUGUUCGUCUUAUGGCACCAUUUAAUAUGAGAUGUAAAACAUGUGGUGAAUAUAUUUGUAAAGGAAAUCGUAAAGAAAAUGCUGAAAAUAAAGAUUAUUUGCAGGGUAUAUGUAUUUACCGGUUUUACAUAAAAUACACUAGAUGUUUACAAGAAAUAUCUUUUAAAACUGACCCCCGUAACACAGAUUACGAAAUAGAAGAAGGAGCUACUCGAAAUUUCAUGGCUCUAAAACUUGCACAAGAACAGGAAAAGAGAGAAGAUGCUGAAAAGGAAGAAAAAGCUACAAAUCCAAUGAAGUUAUUGGAGAAUCGUACUCAGGUAUAUAAACAAGAAAUUGAAUUAAUGGAAUCCUAUGAAAAGUUAAGAGAUUUAAAUAGACGUCAAGGUAAUGUGGAUUAUGAAUCAAUGUUAUUGAAGUAUAACCUUGCAGAAUUAAAGGAGAAAAUUAAGCGGAUGCAAGAAGAAGAAGAUGAAAAUACAAUCAAAAGUUUAAUGAGUUCAACUAUCAAGCGUAAAAUUGAUGAAAAUGAAAAUGAUGGGUAAGUAGAAUCUGAAGAUAAUAUGGCCAAAAGUAUAAUAAAAAAUUUUAUCACUUCAACAGUACAAUCUAGUGUAAAAAAAAAGGUCUUUAAACUCAACCUUUUAAACUUAGUUAAAGUUAAUAAUGUGACAAGUACCGAUAAGACAAAAGAAUCUUGUAACUAACCUAACCUAUCAUUAAUUGGUAAUUAUUCAAGUUGUGAUGAUUCUAAUUAAAUAGUACCUAUAAAUUAAUUUUGAGCUAUGGUUUAUAUUUAAAUUAAGAUAUUUAAAAAGAUAUAUAAUAUAUUUAUAACGAAUACAUUUACAAAAAAUGAUUGUUUACUUUAUACUUUACUUAUAGAAAACCUAACCUGUAGGUAUUAAAAGUAGGUUAACAACUAUCCUACUAUACAGUUAGUACCUAAGUAUCUAGUUCUAAAAUUCAUGGUAUAGAAUUUAAAAAAAUUCUUUCUUUUUUUUGGAAAUCCGGAUUAUUUGUUAAGUACUUAGUAUGUUUGACCCCUUUGAAGUCCAAACUAUAGGUUAUUUAC